CGUGAUAUCACGUGUUCCGGUGCUCCGUCACUUAUCGUCACUCCACGAUCCAACAAGCUCGGCGGUGUCAAGAUUAUAUUAGACAUUAUACUCGGGCUACUGAAUUAUCUAUUCAAUUGUUUACUUUCAACUUCUACCCUUAUCAAUCCUACAUCUACUUUUAACAUGGGAAACGUAUGCCGAGCUACGAAGUGCAGUCAAGUUAUCGACCCAGUAUCCACAUUUGACGAGAGGUAUACCCUGAUUGACCGCAUUGGAGAAGGAGGAUUCGGAGAAGUCUACACCUGCUUGGAAACUGAAAGUGGAUCUACCUUUGCUGCCAAACUUGUCACCAACUCCCGAGUUACAGAAUGGAGCAAGUCUGACGUGGAACGAGUCCCGAUGGAGGUGAAAGCCAUGGCUUCCUGUGAUCAUCCUAACAUCAUCAAGCUUCUUGACUACUUCAUCUAUCAGAGACAUUCGGUCAUUGUGAUGGAAAAACCCCUCGACUCAGCGGAUCUGUUCAACUACACAGCCUACCUUGGUGGAGUAUCAGAAACAGAAACCCGAAAUAUAAUGAAACAGCUAAUUGAAGCCGUGUGGUACCUUCACUACGAUGCUAGGAUCGUCCACAGGGAUAUCAAACCGGAGAACGUACUUGUUGACGUCCGUACCAAGUCCUGCAAGCUGAUAGAUUUUGGAGCUGCUACCUGGUUUCAUCCUAAUACUUACACGGAAUUCUCUGGCACCAGACUAUACGCUCCUCCUGAGGCACUUCUUACUGGUAAAUACAAAGCUGAAACCCUGACUACCUGGUCUCUUGGAGCUACCCUCUACUUUACCCUCUUUUCUAGACUACCCUUCCCCAACGAGCAAGCUAUAGUGGACUGUACCAUACGCCUUCCUUCAAAUUGCUCCCUCUCUCCAGAUUGCCUUCUGUUCCUGCAAUCCUGUCUUCACCCCAAUCCUGCUCGACGACCCUCUGCUGAUGGACUACUGAAACACCCCUGGCUAGCAAACAUUGGAUUCUUCCUCCAAUAA